UUUAUAUCAGUUAUCUAAUGUCAUUUAAUCAUAUAGAUAAAAGGUCUUUAAGUUCUAACAGAGUUAAUACAGGAUUGUCAUCUAAUUCAAAUAUUAAAAUUUAAUUUUCCAACCAUGGAAACUGUGCUACAUUUAUAUUAAUAGUCACUGAAAGUAUUCUGGAGGUUCUUUUGUGCUUUUUUCUUAGGCAUUUAAGGAGACUGGUGAAUAGCCAUACUUGCCAUGGCUAUUCUUUUGUUCCCUCUUUCUUUAGGGAAAAAAAUAGACAAGAAAAAGCAUAAAAGAAUAAAAAGAAAUGCAUCCUUGCUGUGGUGUUUCAUGACAUUUCUGCACUUGAACAUCUGGAAAGCCUAGUGUGACAGUGACAACCGAAUUGACAAAGUUGCUGACUGCAUCCACUAUUACAAAAAAAUAUGGGCACUAAAAGCGCCACUUUAAUUCUGAAAAGCUCAAUACAGUGUCUCUUCAUUUUGGCCUUGAAGAUAGAAAGAGAAACCACAUUUAUUUUGAAGAUGCAUUCUGAGCAUUGUGCAUCACACACAUUGGAAAACAACAGCUCCAAAGAAAGGAACAUGCAUUAUAGGAAAAGAGAAGAGAGCAGCUGUGAAACUCGGUCUAAUUGCAGACCCUAGAUGGGUUUGAUAAUCAAAUGACUAUUCUGCAUAAACUAGAAGUAAAAUGGCAAAACAUUAAUUACUCCUAUUAUUGCUUUUAUAUAUUGAGAUGUGGGACAAAAUGCAUAAUACAUUUUAAGAACAGAAUCUAAAGGAAAAGAAAAAUUUCUACAUGGAAAUAUCUGCAGUGUCAAAGAAAAGAUGCCACAGGAAGAAAGCAGCCCUAAAAUAAAAUGCUGACAGGCAUAAAACAAAAGUUAUAUAUCUAUAAUAUGCUAUAAUUUAAAGAAGAUACAAAAUGAAGAGGAGUAAAAAUAUAAAGAUAAUGUAUUAACUCUUUAAAUGAAGACAAAAUGUACAUUGAAAUAUUUUGGUUAAUUGGCAGGAACUAAACAAGACUUUUGAUGUUAGGGCUGAUUAUGCUAUAGUGUUGUUAUUUGUGUGCCACUAAAUUUUAUGAUUUACCGCCACAAAUUGCAUGAACAAUUUAUGGAACUAUCAUCCAGUGAACAAAAGACAGGAUAACAAAAUGAAUUAAUAUUACAGUACAUGGUGUUCAAUACUAUUAUUCUAGUGGGAAUACUCUCGGUCUGAACUGAUCCAGCAGUUUUUGUGAAAUGUAAACCUCUUCAAUACAAAUGGGCAUUCAUUACUGAAAUCUGGCCAUAAGUAAAAACUGAAACCUAAUUAUUCCCUGUCAAAUUCUAGAGAAAAAACAAUUAGGUUUGUGACUACUGUACUCUGUCACACUUCAAAAAUAGCAGCCAGCUCCAAAAAUCUAGGAGCAGCAAACCACCACCACCACCACAAAAUGAUUUGCUGUUCUGCUAUUAGGUUUUUGGAAAUGUCUGUUAUUAAGGAUAUUUUAACAUAAUAGGUAUAUGAGCCUUAAGAAGCCCAAGUCUAGUCUCUGCCUCAUACCUCAGGAAUCACCUCUUCUACUCUGGAAAGUUAAAACCAUGCUUUGAGUUAGAGUAAAUUUAUCACUAAAUUCAACUUAACUCAUUGGAUGUGUCUUGAUUUCUAGAAAAGAUUUAGAUUUGUUCAGGACUUCUCUGUUCAUAAGAAGCACAAUUGGAAAUGGACUCCAGGUAUCCCUAUGCCAAGUACAGUCAUCUUCCAUUUACUCUUCUAAUUAAAUUUGAAUGCUUUCUUUUAAAACUUGAGAUUGAGCCCAUGCAUUGACACUUAUUUGCUCCAGUUUAUACAAUAAAAACAUUGAGAGUGCAUGACUGCAUGUGAAAAGAAGAACAACGUUUUCUAUAAAUUGCUUCAUCAUUACUUACGGAUCAAUAAAUAUGUGGUGAUAUCUUAAAUUACACAUUAAGGACUCAACCAUUUAUGAAAAUAAUAGUAAAUAUCUGCAUUUCUCUGAGCCAUUGACUACAUAGCUAGAGAUGGCCUGCAGUGGUAAACUCUGCUAAUUCCUGACUUGAUGCCCAUUUUCCCUGCCCUCAUUCUUAUUAGAGCCCAAUUUGUUUGGGGUAUCAAUGUGAGCAGCACAAGCAAUGAAUUGUUAUCUAGCUCAGUUAAUCUUGACAGUACUUUUCCUCAAUUUCACAGCCUUCUUUGUAGCUGUAGAUGUCCAUGUGCUCCCUUCAAGCUGCUCCAAGAGUUUCUUGAAGAGUGUUUGUUUUCAUUAUGAAUGGGGUCAGUUGUAGCCAGCAGUGUCGUUUCUGCUCCCAUGCUCCUCUUGGGCCUUGAACAUGAAUCUGAUGCACACAGCUUCAUGAGGAAACAAGCACACGAAAAGGUCAAGAGAAUCCCUGAAAUCUCAGUCCUGAUAUGUUUGAGUUGCUGAACCACUAAUAGCAGCCACCUACCUCCAUCCAGUCUUCUUUGGUUUGUGUGCUGGAGAGGCAAAUAUUUGACUUCCUUGGAUAUCAGUGGGCACCUAUCCUGGCAAAUUUUGUACAUAUUAUUAUCGUCAUUCUUGGUUUGUUUGGAACUAUUCAAUAUAGACCUCGUUACAUAACAGGAUAUGCUGUCUGGCUAGUCCUCUGGGUUACGUGGAAUGUGUUUGUUAUCUGCUUCUAUUUGGAGGCUGGGGACCUCUCAAAGGAAACAGACCUUAUCCUGACUUUUAAUAUAUCAAUGCACCGAUCUUGGUGGAUGGAGAAUGGACCAGGAUGUACGGUGACGUCAGUGACACCCGCCCCAGACUGGGCCCCAGAAGACCAUCGCUACAUCACGGUCUCAGGGUGUUUGCUGGAGUACCAGUACAUAGAAGUGGCUCAUAGUUCCCUCCAGAUUGUCCUCGCACUGGCAGGUUUCAUCUACGCCUGUUAUGUUGUGAAAUGUAUAACUGAAGAAGAGGACAGCUUUGAUUUCAUAGGUGGCUUUGACUCUUAUGGCUAUCAAGGGCCUCAGAAGACAUCUCAUUUACAACUACAGCCUAUGUACAUGUCAAAAUAAUACAGAUGACUUCAGUAUGUCAGCCCAUGGACCUUUCAAAGAACUUUUUUCGCAGUGGCCUCCUGCAUUUUAUGAAGAGCAAGAAGCAACUGAGUUUAAAUACAUACACGUAUUAACAAAACAAAUGCAAAGCCUCUACAUACAACACUGACACACACACACACACACACACACACGUGAGCACGCACACACCAAUUCCACUUGACCUCCUCUUUCUAACUGAAACAGACAAAUAUGCAGGACACGCCCAUCUUGGAUUUCCUGAAAGCAGGCCCCUUUCUCCCAGGCCUUUGGAAAGUUCAGAAGGAGAUGUGUUGAUGCCCAACGGUUGCCGGCCAUUGCUAACUCCUCUGCAGCCCAGCCGGUUGGCCUCUGUGAGCUGGGAAGUCAUCCAAGGCACAUUAGUUUGAGAGCUCUGUCUUCUGCACUCCAUACAUCUUGACAGCACCACGGCUACUUAGGCAAUGUAAUUGCAAAAACAAACGAAACAUGCCAUGAUGACCUUGUACCCGAAGUCCGAAAUGGCAGAUUGUCUGCCCUAAAGGCUGUACCGUACAUACUUGCCUUAACCCACCUACAUCGUGUGCCCAAGAAUCCCAGCGCAGACAGCCCCAAGCCACUUCCUUUAGGCUAACACACUGCUAUUAAUUCUAAAUGAGUUCAAGCCUGUGUGUUUCAUGUCAAGGAACAAGACUGAAUAGCUCAGCAGCUCCAGUGUGUCUGUAUAAGAAAAGUGCCAGCUGUCGGCAAAGUGUUUUACCAUAGAGCCUCCAUUGUGGCCCAAAAGAGACAAGUAACAAUAACAAUAUUUGUCAUCUUUAUAAUUCUAAAAUAUGGUCUUCUGAUGGGGUUGGGGGUGGGACAGAGUAAAACAUUAAUCUACUAAACUCACUAAUCUACUGGAAGCAGAAAGCAGAAAUGGCUUAACUCGCUGAUUUUAUUUAUUGCACUCUAGGUGCUUUUAUAAGUAUCUACAAUUGUCUUUUACUAACACAGAAACAGCUGUGGAUUUCUAUCAACAGAGGCCAACUGAAUAUGUAUUAGCUAUGUUUACUCUUUUAUAUCUAAUUCAAAUUGAAGACUCUACGUAGGUGAACUUUUUUUUCUAACUUCAGCGUACAAGAUUAUUUUUGGGUGGGUGGGGGGAGCAAUAGUUACCUUGGUGAAAUAUUUGAGAUCUUUUUGUGGUAUUUGGGGGAUCUGUUGUGUGUUAGAGUGUAUUUCAACCCUCCUGUAUUAUUGUGGCAGAAAAACUGUGCUGUUAACGUAGUUGGCAACAAGAUGCCUUUGGAAACUUAAUAGUAGGUCAAUGUGUUUAUGGAAUAUUCUGAACUCCUAGGAAAUUUUGUUCUAUAUUUUAAAGCAUUAUUUGGUUUUCAUUAGUGGAAAACAUAAUUAGCUCAGGCUUAUCAGGAACUCAGAUGAGUCAUAUUUUUUCUUGGAUGCACCUGAGACAUUAAACUCAAUUUUUUAAAACUAACACACCAUUCUUCAGUGCAGUGAAAUUCAAAAGUUAUAAAUUGGCAUGGAGCAAGUUUUUUCUUUGAUUUCUAUGAAGUUUCAGUUAUUGGAUUAAACUACUUUAGACCUUAGCCCAUUCGGAUCUACAUACACCAGUUCCAUUACUGUGUUUGCAUGGAUGUCUGUAAUAUACACACACAUAUACAUUUGAAAAUGAUAGAGGAACAAAGAGUUAUCAUUGGAACAUAAACUAUAAAAAAACAUUCCAGCACUCAUGCUUGAAUUUCCUCAGUGGGUUGUAUGUUUGUCCAUACAUACAUGUAUAAAAUAAACAAUUGCAAACAUGUCAGUGAAACCUCAUAUGACGCUUUUAUAGUGACAUGCAUGUUUAAUGUAUGAGAAAAAUAUUUACCAAUGUAUUGUCCUUUGAUUCCUAAAAUAUAAAUCCUAUACAUGCCAGAAACUAUUCUAAUGUGACUUUUAAUGUGACUAUUAAAAAUGAGGUUUCACUGUACAUUCAUGCUGUGAUGCGAUUUCACCUUAUAGUACAUGUAUAUGGGUACAGAAAAUAAACCCUCAUAUUCCUGCUUUAAGUUACAGCCAAGUUUUCACCAAAUCACAACUAUCAUCACCACCAAAAUUUUAAAAAACAGUAGUUGACUACUAAAAAGUAAUCAGUGGACAGGUCAUUUAUGGGAUCAGUAAGCACAGUAGUGUGAUUAUAUCUGGGAAAACAUCUACAGUUGUACAGCUGUAUCCUCCUCAAAAUCCGGUGAAGAAUGCUAUUUUUCUAGGCUGAGCUUUUGUUAUAAACCUAAUAUUCAGAAGGCAAGGGUUAUGAUCCUGAUGUGUCCUUUUUUUUGCAUUUGUUAAUUCUGAAUGUAUUUUUAACAGAGUGAUUUUUUUGACUUACUAGUGUAAUUUGCAUUUUAAAAAUAAAUGGAAAAAUACUUAA